AUGACGAAGAUUGUAAUGACGCGACGGGUUGCACCUCUUAAGGAUAUUCCUGUAAAUGAUGAGCGUGUCACUGUUCCUCCCUGGAAAGGAAACAGUAAACAGCCUGCAUUCACCAUUCAUGUGGAUGAAGAAGAAGAAAAGACUGAAAAGAGACCAGCUGAAUCUAAAAAAACAGAGUGUGAAGAUGCCCUGGCUUUUAAUUCAGCUGUUACUUUACCUGGACCAAGAAAACCCCUGGGGUCUCUUGAUUAUCCAAUGGAUGGUAGUUUUGUUCUUUCAGAGUCACCGCGCACUAUGGACAUGUCGAUUGUAUCAGAAGAUGAGAAACCAGUGAGUGUCAAUGAAGUACCAGACUACCAUGAAGACAUUCACACGUACCUUAGGGAAAUGGAGGUGAAGUGUAAGCCUAAAGUGGGUUAUAUGAAGAAGCAACCAGACAUCACUAACAGUAUGAGGGCUAUCCUCGUGGACUGGUUAGUUGAAGUAGGCGAAGAAUAUAAACUACAGAAUGAGACCCUGUACUUGGCUGUGAACUACAUUGAUAGGUUCCUUUCAUCAAUGUCCGUAUUGAGAGGAAAACUUCAGCUUGUGGGCACUGCUGCUAUGCUACUAGCCUCAAAGUUUGAAGAAAUAUAUCCUCCAGAAGUAGCAGAAUUUGUAUACAUUACAGAUGACACCUAUACCAAGAAACAAGUUCUGAGAAUGGAACAUCUAGUUUUGAAAGUCCUUGCGUUUGACUUAGCAGCACCAACAGUAAAUCAGUUUCUUACCCAGUACUUUCUGCAUCAGCAGCCUGCAAACUGCAAAGUUGAAAGUUUAGCAAUGUUUUUGGGAGAGUUAAGUUUGAUAGAUGCCGACCCAUACCUAAAGUAUUUGCCAUCAAUUAUUGCUGGAGCAGCCUUUCAUAUAGCACUCUACACAAUCACAGGACAAAGCUGGGUCAGUUAUCUAACACCUACUAAGGUUAUGAGAGGAGAAAAACGAUGA